UUUCUUUUCUUUUCUUCUUACAUCCUUGCACUGACUAACACGGCUACUCCUUCGAAAAUUACAACAAUCCGGGAAGUAACUUUGUGCGUCGUUACUGAUGGCGCAUUGAACAGAUGCUCUACUCUUGCUUGCUCGUUUCACAGUUUACGAGCCAGCUAUAGCACUGGAGGCAGAAGCAAGGGAAAAAGAAGCGGCUUCCCGGGGAAACGUAGAGAUAAAGAACACAGGGGGAGAGAGGGAAGCGACGAGAUAGGGGAGCUAGUAGGCAGGGAAGAGACAAUCUUGGCAGACUACGCCUGUUUCAUUCGGUGUCAAUCCCGCUGAAUUGAUUUGACGCUAAUCCCGCAGUAAGUGUGGAUGCCUUCCGUUUGAGGCAGCAGGGCCUCACUGAGAUCGCCAACCUGCCUGUAGUGUUGCAUAAAUUGCGCAGUUAAGAGGUGGGGAAGCGGAGCGUCGGGCUCCCCUUCGCCGCCAACCUUUUUUUCCGAGAGGUCCCUGUUGCCUUCUGCGGAGGCGGACCAAAAAAGCCGAAACGGAAUAGAAAGCGCGACGCCUUGUUGCGGGGAGGAAGCCUAUUGGCGGCCCUCCUGGCUGUCACGGGAAGGCGGCGGGGCCGUGGCCUCCUCGAGCGCGACGAAAUCCUCUGCAGUAAUGUCUGCUUUCCAUUUCAGGCUGGUUAAUUUAUUGCUAUUAAGAAUUGUACCCUGUCCGUCAAUCAAGCUCAUCUAGAAGAUGCAACAGGUUCCAUACUUAUGCAAGAUGCACAAGUCAUUUCUUUUUCACAAUUUGAGUAAAUCUACCUCAAAAAGUUUAGGUAUGUGGGCCAGAAAAAUACACUCUUCAUUAGUAAGUAAAUGUAGAGAUGAAAAAAAAUCAUUACGCUUGAAUGACAGUGAAAAUGUAGACUACAGCGUACGCAAUGAAGACUGCCUACUACUACAUAUACCAGUUAUGGUCAAGGAAGUUGUUAAUUUUUUAUCACCACAGAAUGGACAGUGUUUUCUUGACAUGACAUUUGGAGCAGGAGGUCACACUACUGCACUUAUGGAAAAAGCAGCAGAUCUUAAAAUAUAUGCUCUUGACAGAGAUCCAACAGCUUAUGAAUUAGCACAGCAACUUUCUGCAGCUUAUCCGAAGAAAAUCCAACCACUGCUUGGAAAGUUUAGUCAAGCAGAAGCAUUGUUAACUUCAGCUGGAGUGCAGCCAAAUAGUCUUGAUGGCGUUCUUUUGGAUGCUGGUUGCUCUUCUAUGCAACUUGAUACUCCAGAAAGAGGUUUUUCCCUAAAAAGAGAUGGCCCUUUGGACAUGAGGAUGGAUGGUGACAGGUAUCCUGACAUGCCCACCGCUGCGGAUGUUGUGAAUGCUUUAGAUCAACAGGAGCUUGCGUCCAUCCUGAGAACAUACGGGGAGGAGAAGCACGCCAGGAAAAUAGCUAUAGCAAUUGUUCAGGCACGCAGUAUCUACCCCAUCACCAGAACCCAGCAGCUUGCCAGCAUUGUUGCAGGUGCCUUGUCCGACUCAUCUCUAUAUGCUCGAAAAGACUUACUUCAAAGACCGACACACAUUGCUACCAAAAGUUUCCAAGCCUUGCGCAUAUUUGUCAACAAUGAAUUGCAUGAACUAUAUGCUGGAUUGAAAACUGCUGAGAAGUUUCUAAAACCUGGAGGUCGCUUUGUAGCUCUUUCUUUCCAUUCAUUAGAAGAUCGCAUCAUCAAGCGAUUUCUUCGUGGAACAGAUAUGUCGGAAAAGUAUAACCUCAGUAAAAGACAGAAGAUCCGGCAAGGGAGAGAUAACUUUUCAGAACAAGAGGAGGAAAGCGAGAAUUCAAAAUGGACAUCUGUACUGAAGAAAGUGCUUACUCCCCAACCAAAGCAUAUUGAAAAUAACCCAAGAGGGAGAUCAGCAAAGCUAAGAGCAGCAAUCAAAUUGUAAAUGAUGUAUUUUCUAUCUGGAAAUGUCUUCAUAGUUCAUAGUUCUUCACCAUCAAAGAUGAAAAGUCGCGAAGAUGGUUGCAUGUGAAAAGACAGUCACAUCCCUUUGCUGUUUAGUCUUACACUUUAUUUCCAUUUAAACAGAACUGGUACAUAAGAGAGGACUGCAGGACUGCAUGAAAAAGCAAGCUUUUAAACUUGGAGGCACACAGCCCUUCCAUGGCCACACCCCCUAGUCCUUGGUCCCUGACAGGAGGAACAUUUGUCCAUACCCCCUCCUGAGCGUCACAACCCGGAGGCUUGGCAGAAAUUGCUUUGGGAGAUGGCUAAGAGCAGAGGCAGAGAUCAGGCUGAGUGUGGUAGCUGGAGAACCAGGCUUAAAGGCAGGAGGGCAGGGGACCAGGUGCUUGCCUGUUUUGUCUCCAGUACCUGGCGUCUCUCUAGCUUUCCAGGCACCUUGGAUUUUGUAGUAUUCCCCCCUCCCAUCUUACUCUGGCAGCUUCUUCAGACAUUGCUGCCAGCCCCCAUCAUGGUGGCUUGGCAUGGAUGACUUCUCCCUCAUGUGCAGUCCAGUCUUCCACAUAAUGUCAGUGAUCUGAGUCGUCUGGUCCACGUUUUAUCCCCAGCCCAACCAUCACCACCACUGUGCCUGAGAGGGUAUCACUGGUGUUCUCCAUGGCCUUGCCUCAGGUGUACCGCAUGGAGAAAGCAGGUCCACAGCACCCAAGAAGGUGAUAUACCCACUAUGCUAGCCAGCUAAGGCCAGAGCAGACUCACAAAAAUGAACAGGAUACUAAUGAAAUGCUUUCUUUUUUCUGUGUUAAACUAAUUGUCUUCUUCAAAAAGGAGAAUACUCAUUUAAUUUAGCACUAGUAGUAAACAUAAAAUAUGGCCUUUAUUUUUUUUUCUAGCAGGAAGGUUACUGUUUGUAUAAAAAAUAAUAGUUGUUGAGAUUUCUUGGCAUUAUACUCAGUGCGAGAAUUCUGUUGAUUUACACUGGAAUAAAUGCAAUAUGUCUAUUUCUUCCAAUUAAUAAGUUGUCACUCACAUUCCUAGUUGUGCAACAAGUGCAUAAGUGCCAUGUGACUAGGAACCCAAGUGAUAACUUGUUAAUUAGUGGCAAUUCCCCAUCGUGAUUUAUGAAACUAUACAAAUGCCAGUAUAAAUCUCCAAUGGAAUCCUGCACAAUAUACUUACAUACACAAUUUAAGUUGUGAAGCAUAUCACGUCUAAACAUUUGUGGAGCCAAUGCUGUAAGUAAGCAAUACCCCAAUCCAAAACUGACUAGAUUUAGUAAGACACAUGCUAAGAAGGCACUUCUAAGGUCAAGUAAGGAAAUCUCCCCAUGUGAGCUGAUCCAUAUCCCUCAGAAGCACAACCUUGAUUUUAGCCAGCUUCAGUCAGUUUUAUGGCCAAGUAGGGAUAGAGAUUCAUUGCUUCUGUGCCUUAGCUUAACACUCUGACCAUUAUAUUACAGUUUUUUUACUGUUUAAAAAAUAUACAUCUUUACCCAAGUUGCAUCAUAUGUACAUUAAAUAUUACAUUCAAGUAUAUUGCCUCAAAAUGUAUUUAAAAGAAUUGGUAGCUAGAAAAUAAGUGUUAAAUAAAUAUUUUUUUCUUGUGAACAUUAAAUAUGAAUAACUGUACUAUUUUUGGAUUACACUUCACAUUGCAGCUCAUUUCCAUUUUGAAAGCAAAUGUAUGAUUGUAACAAUUGGACUGAAGAGUAGUAGCAAAGGAUAUAUGAGGGCAUACGCUGCCAUAAAUUUUUCAAGGAAAGUUACUCAGAAGUGACGUGCAUAUAACAGCAUUGCUUUCCCUCUAAAUUUUUAGUGUUAUGUUUGAAACAAACCACAUGUUUCCUUUCCGAUUUGAUCUCAUCCAAAAUAAGAGAGAACUCUAAUAAUUUUUCCAAUAAUAAAUGUACAACAUCUGUUGUGUACAUAGUUUAAAUUUGUACAGUCUUGCAGCAAAUAUGAAUAAACAGAGAAUUUUAGAAUGAAGAAAAAUAAUCAGUGGGAAACCUCAAGGAUCAAUAUUGUGUCUUUUCCUACUUUUAAUCACCAUAAAUAAGCUGAUUUACUUGGACUUGGGUUCCUUUUGCUUAUUUGACUUGGAGAGUUUUCUAUUUUGUCCUGUUUUGCAACUACUACUUCAAAGAAAUAAACUCAAAUUGUCCAGAGGCGA